UUAUAGCUGGGUUUUAUAGUGGUAAAAUUGUGUUAACUGUUUAAUUAUGGCAUUCACUUUUGCCGCAUUUUGCUACAUUGUUGCAUUGAUUCUAACGGCUUUUCUUAUUUUCUUCGCUGUAUUUCAUGUUAUUGCAUUUGAUGAAUUGAGAUCUGAUUACAAAAAUCCAAUUGACAUUUGUAGCAGCUUAAACCCGCUUGUGACAGUUGAAUUCUUUGUACAUGUAUCCUUCAAUGUAUUGUUCCUGUUUGCUGCUGAAUGGUUUUCACUGUGCCUGAAUAUACCUCUUAUAGCUUACCACAUCUACAGGCACAAGACAAGACCUGUUAUGAGUGGGUUUGGGUUGUAUGAUCCAACAAGUAUAAUGAAUUCAGAUCAGUUGACACGUGCCCAGAGAGAAGGGUGGGUCAAGCUGGCAUUCUACUUACUGUCUUUCUUUUACUACUUGUAUGGAAUGAUUUACACCCUGAUAUCAACAUAGACUAUUUCUGCAUUUGGUAUUUCCCAAGGUGAAUGAUCAACUUACAAUAUGAGAGCAAGUGUCAGUACUACAUCAUGCUAAAAACAGUUUGAAAAAACUUUAGUUGCACUCCUUGAUGUUUAUUUCAUCUGUAGAUUAAACCAGUUAUUCACAAUGAAGUAUUACUAAGUGAUUUAUGAUCAAAAUUGAAAGGUGUAUGUUUGAAAAUAUGUUUUAAAGGUUUGCCAUUAGAUGUGAGUGAAUAAUUAUUUUAUUUAUUUACACUACCUGAUAUCAAUGCAUACAAAUUUUGUUAAAAUAUUGAAUGAAUAUUGUAGUAAUUUUUAAAACUCUUACUAUAAAUAUCCUUGGGUAGAUGAUGUUUUUCAUAGUGUCCCGGCCUCUGAAAAUUGUACUCUCUAUAGCCAUGUGAUUUGUUUGUCUGAAAAAUCAAAAACAGAUAUAACCUUCCAAGUUUGUAUGAAAAUUUGCUUUAGUUUUUGGUAGAUUCAUAGAGAUGGGAUAAAGUUAGGUAAAUCUGAAAUCACACUGCAAUGUGUAUUAUUUUAAUUUUUUGGGUUUAGGUGUCAGUGGUAGAGUGAUUAUUAAUUGCAACUGUGCAUAGUACAGUUACAUAUUAAAAUUUUAGAGAGAGGGUCUUUUCUUCACUGUUGUUUCACUCAAAUGGUUUUUAAUCACAAUUCAGCAACAGUCUUCUGGUAAUUGAAUCUUUAGACUAACCAACUGGAAUUUAGACAGAAAAGAAAAGAAACUCUUAUAUGUUUAUGUAUACCUAUUGCCCAAUGUAUGAGCCUUCAUCAGCAUACAAGAUACAUGUUUGACUUAUUUGACCUUUUUUGCAUUAUGAUGAACAGUUAUAGAAAUUGCCAUACUUUUGUGACUUUUAUUGAUUUCAGACUGACUUGGGUUGCAGUUCUUGUUUCCUAUAGGGUUUUAGGAGUGUGUACUGUCUGAGAGGCACCAUUUUGCUCUUGUAAUGGUGAAAGAAAAAGACUGUGUUGGCCUUGUUCUGUAUUCACAAAGUUGAAUUGUUAUUGUUUAGUUCAAUUGUGUUAUUUUUUUUAUGUGAUUUUACGAUCUUCUUGUUUGUUCCAAACUUUCUGAUUGCUAAACAAUUAUCUUUUUUGAAUAGAAUUCUUCCCAGGAUGUUUUUGCAAUCCAGUGACAUUUUCAAGGAUUCACAAAUGCAAAUAGUGAUUGACAUUUAUGUUCAAGUUUGCAUUCACACAUUUCCAUUUUAAAUGAGAGAGUUUGGUUCAAGGAGAGUAUGUUUGGAACCAGGAUGUGUCUCACCUCUCCCUGUUUAUGAAUUCCUCUUUAAAAGCAUUACUAUUUCAGUAAUAUAAUUAAUUUUUGAUGGUCUGGUAGAUUUUUUUUAAUGAGUAUUCUUUUCUGCAUAAGAAAUUGCUAGUGUGUUUCUUCCAUUACAGCAUUGAACAUCUUCAUUUCUGGGGCCAUUGUACAAUCCUUUGGAGCAUUUCUUAAAUGUUCUCAUAGUCAGACUUGUAUAUAUUCCAUUUCGAGAUGUCAAGCAGCACUAUCCUAUGCUUUAUCUUCUUACACUGUAUCAACUUCACUAGAUGACUUUUUGUUCUUUACAUUUCAGUUGUUCUUCUGGUUAAAGGCCAUUUCCAGAUUUAGACAAGAUCUAGUUCUAAAGGCUGAUCACUGAUACCUUUGAAUCAUUAGCCUUUUUUAUUUUUUACAUAAAAUGUUUUUCCAACUUCUGCUAGUUUUGGGACUUUUUUCUCAUUUUCAGUUAGGAUACUUUUAUUAUCUUUCUAUUCAAUCCCAAGAUUUUGGUGAAAAGGAGGGUGAUUGAUUGUCUUAUCCCAUUUGUUUUACUUUUCCUGGUAAUUAUUUCUACUUACUUAACGUACUUGUAUUUAAUUUACGAUAAAGUCUUUUGCUAGUGUAUGGUGUCAGUUAUGCAUUCCUUGUGACCUUGAAUGAUCAGGUAACUUUGCAUCUAGUUUACUAAAUCUUUUACCUUAGGAUUGUCUUAAUGAGGAUGAAGAUAUGUAAAGCAAAGUUUUGGUUGCCUCUAACCAGAUCCAAAAACUGACUAUUCUGUUACUUUUUUGUAGGUAUUCUGGAAACUGAUGUCAUCUUUUCAUUUUGAUUUUUUCUUUUUAGUUUACCUUCACUGCCAUAUUUCAGUAGAAGCACUUCCAUAAAGUAUCCCAUAUUUGGGACUUAAUGUCUCCAACUAGAUAUAUAUAUAUAUAUAGUCUCAAUAGCUCACUGAUGGAUCUUUAUAUAUAGUCAUGAAUUACAGCCCCCCAGUGGCACAGUGGUAUAUAUGUGGACUUACAACGCUAGUACCCGGGUUUCGAUACCCAUGGUGAGCAGAGCACAGAUAGCCCAUUGUGUAGCUUUGUGCUUAAUUACAAACAAACAUGACUUGCAUGUAGUGAAUACUUUAUAAAUCUCUGUCAUGUUUGAACCAAAAGGUAUGCUGUGAUUUAUUGUUUUUCAUCCCUUGUCCAAUAUAUCAUAGCAAAUAUCUUGAAAUUUUAAACCAGGAACAGUGAAGAAAAUGUCCCUUUCAGCAUGGUUAGAUUUUAGAAUGCUUUUUGUUGUGCAGGAAAUUUUAUAAAAGUCAAAAGUUUAAAAACAAAAGUUAAUGAAAUUGAUAGGAAAAUGAGACAUAAAUUGAUAGAUUAUUGAAUUAAUAGCUAUUGGUCUAUCCAGAGAUAAUAAAUUUAAUUUCAUAAAUACAAAUUUUAAAAUAAUUAGGAUCUACUUAUUCCUUUUCUCUUUUUUACUAGUGUGUUCAAAUGCUUUGAAAUUAAUGGUAAGAAAUAAAAACAACUUUUUAGAUAAUUUAUUAUUGAGUCAUAUUGAAAAAUAAAAUAAUAUAAUUUGCCAUUUCUAAAUGCAUCAACUAUUUUUCAACUUUGUGAGAAAGUUUAAUAUAGUACUAAGUUGUCAUUUCUGAAAAAUGGCUAAAAUUUAUUUGACAGAUUCAUCCAUCAGUAGUUACACCAAAAUUAACCAAUUCCUAGACUAAAUAUUCAAUGUAAUCUUCUUGUUUAAAAUAGAAUAAGUUUUCUCCUAUAUAAAAACCACUUGGUAUGGGAAAAAAACAAAACAUUAUUUCAUUGUAACAUUCUACGUAGUGUAAUUUAUUUAUCAAAGACAAAUGUGAACUCAAUUUUUACAAUAAAUGAAAGUCAGUAGCAUUCUCUACUACUUGUAUAAGUAUUAAAUCCUGAGUUUACAAAGUUUGAUAACUCAUCAAUCUAAAAAACUUUUAUGGCUCCCUUACUCUGGAUUACUUAGCCUGAAAUUGUUGUACAUAGAUAAAGAACUAUUUAGCCAAAGUUUUGUUAGUAAAUUAAAGUCAGUUAUGGUUUACAUGCAGAAUAUAUUUUAUUUAGAGGAUGUCAUGAAAUAAAAUGAAAAAUUAAUAUUAAUAAUGCUUCAUUUUAACACCCAGUCCAUGAGUCAGGGAGACAUUUUUGGUGGGUUUAUUCCAAAACAAAGCUUUCCAGUACUCUUUUCUAAUUCUAAAUAGAGAAUUUGAACUUCUUGUAAUAAUUAGAAUCUCAAUUGCCUACUAAUGUGGCCAAAUUCACACUAAUUUCCAGGCUAUGAGGAGGUAAGACCCAAACUCCUAUUCAGAUUCUGGCACAAAACAUGGCAGUAGCCUCACAUGUUGCACAGUACAGUUUCUUGUUCCUUAGCUGUAUAAAACUUUUUUUUUUUUUUUUUUUUUUUUUUUUUUUUUGGUUUUUUUUUUU